AUGGCAAACGAAAUGAUCUCAAUCGGCUCAUCAUCUCACCUAAAUCCCGGCAGCUUCAAUAUUGAAUCCAAUCUUCCUCCAGUCAAAAAGAAAAGAAACCUUCCAGGCACCCCAGCUGAAGUAAUAGCCCUUUCCCCGAAAACCCUAAUGGCAACAAACCGAUUCCUUUGCGAGAUAUGCGGUAAGGGCUUCCAAAGGGAUCAGAACCUUCAGCUUCACCGGCGAGGCCACAACCUGCCGUGGAAGCUGAAGCAGCGGACGGGAAAAGAGGUUCGGAAGCGCGUUUACGUUUGCCCGGAGAAAACGUGCGUUCACCACCACGCGUCGAGGGCGCUCGGAGACUUGACCGGAAUCAAGAAGCAUUAUUGCCGGAAGCACGGGGAGAAGAAGUGGAAGUGCGACAAGUGCUCCAAGCGCUACGCGGUGAGUUCCGACUGGAAAGCGCACUCCAAGACGUGUGGGACCCGCGAGAGAGACAGCUUCAUCACUCAUCGAGCAUUCUGUGACGCCUUAGCCGAGGAGACAGCACGAUUCACAGCCUCAUCACAUAUGAACAACAAUACCCACUAUAAUCAUCCACCUAUCCUCAGCCACCAAUUUCUCGUGGGCCCAUCUCUAGCUGAUCAGCCCAUAACCGGCCCAAACAUCGACCCAAUAAUCCCCACUGGACGAAGCCUACCCCUAUGGCUAGCCCAAGAACCCAUGUCCAAAAAUGUCCAAGAUAUUAUUAAUCCAAUGGGAUUAUUAAUCCCCAUAAACUCCACUCCACUCAACAACUUUGCCACCACUACUCAUAGUAAUAGUAAUCCAGUUAACAAUUCUAUCAAUUGGGAUCAGUUUGGUAACAAUUCUAUCAAUUGCCCUUUAAAUAUCCCUCUCAUAACCAAUGAGAAAGAACUUAGUGUCCCAUGUUUGUACAGUACUGAUCAAAACCAAAUACAUCACCAAAAGCCGAUUGCAAGCAUUAUAUCCGCGACAGCCUUACUGCAAAAAGCCGCUCAAGUUGGCGAAAUUUCAUCGUCUGAUGGGAAUAAGUUCUGUGGGGUUUACAGCUCCAACUCGGGCACGAGUGGGCUUGCAAGCGACGUGGAGGGUUCGGUAAAUGACCAUUCUGCCCUUGGCCGGAUGUCCAAGCGCCGUCGGCUGGGGAACAGCAGUGAUAAGGAGAUGUUGACAGGUGGCGAAACGAGGGACUUUCUUGGAGUUGGGAUACGGUCGAUGUGCCAUCCACCGUCGAUCAACGGGUGGAUGUGAUGAGUUCGAUUACGUCGAAAUA